UAAAGAAAAGGCAUAUUUUGGCCGGUCAACUGUUUGGCAAAGUAUGGUUGUCAAUUGACCAAAAUAAAACGGCGUCUGCUCUCUCUGCUCAUCCGACAAUGCAACCCCUAUCCCGCCACGUAGCAGUGAUCGGCGCCGGCGCCGCAGGCCUGGUCGCCGCACGUGAGCUCCGGCGGGAAGGUCACACUGUCGUCGUCUUCGAGCGAGGAGACCAAAUCGGUGGCACGUGGGUGUACACUCCAGAAGUGGAGUCCGACCCAAUUGGUCUCCACCCAAACAGAAACAUAGUCCACUCGAGCAUGUACCAGUCUCUCAGGACCAACCUCCCCAGAGAGAUCAUGGGCUUCCGGGACUACCCAUUUGCGGCCAAGGAACAGGAUGAAGAUGGAGACCCGAGAAGGUUUCCGGGUCAUAGAGAAGUGUUGAAGUACUUGAAUGGUUUUGCUAAGGACUUUGGGAUUUGUGAGAUUGUGAGGUUUGAGAGUGAGGUGGUGUUUGUGGGUUUGGUGGAGGGUGGAAAAUGGAAGGUGAAGUCCAAGAGGAAGAGAGGUGACGAUAUGGAGGAGGUUUAUGAUGCUGUGGUUGUCUGUAAUGGUCAUUUUACUGAGCCUCGUGUGGCCCAGAUUCCAGGCAUCAGCUCAUGGAAAGGAAAGCAAGUUCACAGCCACAAUUAUCGGACUCCUGAGCCAUUUCGAGAUCAGGUUGUAAUUUUGAUAGGCAGCUCAGCUAGUGCUAUUGAUAUUUCUCGGGACAUAGCUGGAGUUGCCAAAGAAGUCCACAUUGCAUCUAGAUCUGUUGCCACUGAAACCAUGGAAAAGAAACCUGGCUAUGAUAACAUGUGGCUUCAUUCUAUGAUCAAAAGUGUCCAUGAAGAUGGUAGUGUGGUUUUCCCAGAUGGGAGUGUUGUACUUGCUGACAUCAUUCUUCAUUGCACAGGGUACAAAUAUCAUUUCCCUUUUCUUGAAACCAAUGGCAUUGUAACUGUGGAUGACAACCGUGUUGGGCCACUGUAUAAACAUAUCUUUCCUCCAGCAUUGGCUCCCUCACUUUCCUUUGUUGGGAUACCUUUUAAGGUCGUUCCUUUUGCCAUGUAUGAAUUUCAAAGUAAGUGGAUAGCAGGUAUUUUGUCGAAUCGAAUUGCACUUCCAUCCAAAGAGGAGAUGAUGGAGGAUGUCCAAAUUUUCUGCUCGUUGCAGGAAGCUUCUGGUAUACCUAAACGAUUCACCCAUAUGAUAGGUGAUUACCAGUUUGAAUAUGAUGAUUGGCUUGCAUCUCACUGUGGGUGUCCAGUCUCUGAGGAAUGGAGACAGCAAAUGUGGUUGGCCACUUUUAAGAAUGCUCGUCUCCGAGGACCAUUGUACCAGGAAGAGUGGGAUGAUCACCAUUUAAUAUUGCAAGCUCAGGAGGACUUCAGGAAAUACACCUUCAAUGGAGUUAGAAUGAUAACUGAUACAAGUGACAGACUGCCCAGAUAAUUGUGAAAGUGAAAAUGUGAAAUGAAGCAACUUCCUCAUUUCUUUUGACAUUUGGUAGUCUUGAUUUGCUUCUGUACCUUAAGUUAGAAACGAGUUUCCCUGCAAAAAUGGUUUGGGUUCAAAUCACAAAUCUUGUGUUA